GCUGGCUCACUGUGGCAGGUUCCGCCUCCUUCUCCCCAGUCGGUAGCAGGUUAGAGCUGCAGUUCUACUGAACUUCCCUACUGGUAUCUAAUGCAGGUAUGGGGACCCUGUGAUACGGUAGCCCCUCCCAAGUAGUAGAACAUUGGUACCUUCCCUGGAUCUCCCCCACUUUCCAAUGGCCAGUAGCUCUGCUUGAGAAGAAUAAAGAAAGGAAGCAGCAUGGCCAGCCUGGGGUAUGAUCACAGCUCUCUGGAGGAGCUGGACCCUUCUCUGUCCCUCCAGGAGACCAGUGACAUUGAAUCCAUGCUGCUCAAUGACAUUGAUGAUAUGCUCCAGCUUAUUCACAACAAUGACAAUGACUUCCUGUUUGAUGGAGUUGCCUUUAACACCAUCAAUGGCUCUGCGCAGGACCCAACUCCUCCUGUCGAUCUUGCUGGGGGAGAAGCAUUAAGCUCUUUAGAGGGAUUAUUGGCUGCUCCCCCCAGUGCGCCCCCUAUGAAGAUGUUUCCUCUUGGUUUCCCGGGGCAACAGUCUCCUGUCCAUCCUCAGGAUUCUCUGGGGCAGCAGAUCAGUCCUUCUACACAGAGCCUGGCAAAUGAAGAGCCUAUGCAGAUCUGUUCCAGUCCAAAGCAAGUGCCGAGCAAGCUCCAGCAGUCUCCACAAUCACUGCAGAACCUGAUAUUCGGGCAAAACUUUGUGUCUCAAGCUCAGCCUCAGUUCAACUCACAGACGGCAUUAGGAGCAUACCAGCAGGAUCAGGGGACUUACACAGUCCCUCAGAGUGUUGCUAACCAGCAAGGUAUAAUAAAUCAGCCUAUACAGAAUGCCACUGGGCAAGCCAGACAACAAAGCCUGCAGGCUGUCUCGAGCCAAACCAUGCAGCCACUUCAGAAUAACGCCGCUCAAGCUGGACAUGUGCCGCAGAAUAUUGCAGGACAAACUCUGCAGCAAGUUGCAGUACAAGGUGUGCAACAGUUGCAAAGUGUCACUGGACAACCUCUUCAGAGCAUAACUAGUGUUGCAGGACCACAGCUGCAAAGCAUCGCCCCCGUGCUUCAGCAGGCACAGUCCCCCACCCAGAUACAGCAGCCUGUUACCAUCCACACGCAGACCAUCUCGCCACAGCAGUUUAUCACCACCACCAGUACUUCACCUGUCACCCCCCAUAUCCAACAGGUCCCGGUCUUCCUGCAACCUCAUUUCAUCAAAACAGACUCCCUGUUGCUCACUGCCGUUAAAGGAGACAGCACUGUCGUGUCAGGAGGAAAGACUUCUGGGGUGACUUCAUUAGGGACCAAUACUACAAUACAGACAACACCCCUGCAAAUGCCGGCUCUGGUCAGCGGGGGUACUAUUCUGACAGCAAUGCCGUUUGUAAUGGAUGCAGACAAGUUGCCUAUUAAUCGUAUUGCAGCCAGUGGCAAGAUGGCCAUGCUGAACUGCAAAGGGGAAAAACGGACAGCGCACAAUGCCAUCGAGAAGCGAUACAGAUCCUCUAUCAACGACAAGAUCAUAGAGCUUAAGGACCUGGUCGUAGGCACUGAGGCCAAGCUGAACAAGUCGGCCAUUUUGAAGAAGGCCAUAGACUACAUCCGUUUUCUGCAGCAGAACAACAUCAAGCUCAAGCAGGAAAACAUGAUGCUGAAAAUGGCUGCCCAGAAGAACAAUACCCUGAAGGACUUGGUGGCCAGUACGGUUGUCAUGGAAGGAAUGAAAGCAGAAAUGAUGGAAGUGCUCACACCUCCUCCCUCAGAUGCAGGCUCUCCAUCACACAGCGGCAGUCCUCUCUCCCAGUGCAGCAGCGACUCAGAGCCAGACAGUCCUCUAAGUGAGGAUGCUAAGGUCGAAGUCAAACAGGAGGUUCCAUCUCCCCGCAGCGCAGGGAUGUUGGAUCGUUCCCGCAUGGCACUCUGUGCUUUUGUUUUCCUCUGCCUCUCGUUCAAUCCUUUGUCUUUCCUGAUGGGAAGCUCCAAGAGCUACGACUCUUUGGACAGUGGAUCUUACCAUGGUGCGGGGAGGAGCAUGUUGCAGGCAACAUCCUCAGAACCAUCCAUGUGGUCCAGCUGGUUGGUCCCUUCUACUUUCCUUUGGCCCAUCAACAUCAUCAUCGUUCUGGGAGUAUUUAUAAGACUGUUUAUUUAUGGGGAGCCUGUAACCCGACUGCACUCAGAAUCUUCUGCCCUCUUCUGGUGUCACCGCAAACAAGCUGAUGUUGAUCUGUCUCGGGGUGACUUUGCACAGGCAUCUCUACACCUUUGGAUGGCACUCAAAGCACUGGGCCGACCCCUUCCCACCUCAAACCUUGAUCUGUGCUGCAGUCUAAUGUGGAGCAUGAUUCGAUAUGUUCUCCAGCGCUUGUGGGUGGGGCGUUGGUUGGCUGCGCGGGCCGGAGGCUUUCGCAGAGACCACCAGCUAAAGGAUGAUGUCAGGAAAAGCUGCAGGGAUGCUGCUCUUGUGUAUCACCGCCUCCACCAGCUUCACAUGACUGGGAAGCACGUUGGAGGUCACCUGUCUGCCAUAAAUAUGGCACUAAGUGCAGUGAACCUGGCAGACUGCGCUGGAAACACCAUCUCUGUAGCGACACUGGCAGAAAUCAACGUUGGCGCCGCCCUAAGAGUAAAGGCCAGCCUGCACCGACGCUUCCACUUUUUAGCCCGCUUUUUCCUGUCUAGUGCCCGUCAGGUGUGCCUGGCACAGAGUGUCACUAUCCCCCCUGCCAUGCAGUGGCUGUGCCACCCUCUGGGACAUCGCUUUUUUGUGGAUGGAGACUGGACUGUAAAGAGCUCUCCCCGAGACACUAUUUACAGCACAGCAGGCAGCACAGUGGAUCCCUUGGCCCAGGUGACCCAGGCUUUUCGGGAACAUCUCCUGGAGAAGGCGCUGUACUGUGUGGUUCAGCCCGAACAGACCAAGCCCAUUACAGAGGGAGAGGGGGAGUUUUCGGAUGCGCUGGAAUAUCUGCAGCUCCUGAAUGGAUGCUCAGACACAGCAGCCAUUCCCAAUCACACGUUUUCCAUCAGUUCUAGUAUGGCAGCGGUCACAGGGACAGAUCCGGUUGCCAAGUGGUGGGCCUCUCUCAUUAUUGUGGCUAUUAACUGGCUGCAAGGCGAUGAUGAAGCAGCGCAGAGACUGUACCCCGUGGUGGAAUACAUGCCGAAGACUCUAUAUGCUUCAGAGAAUCCUCUGCCCAAAGCUGCUCUUUAUGUCUUCAAAGCCGUACGUACCUUGUUGGGAAAGCAAGACAGCAGUCAGGUCAGCUUGGGCCACUCUGAGAAGGCAAGUGGCUACCUGCGAGACAGCUUGAACAUGGGCCCAUCCAGCACUAGCAGCGUGGAUAAGGUAGCACAGCUUCUCCUGUGUGACCUACUACUGGUGACAAGGACAAACAUCUGGCAGCAGCAACAGAAUUCCCCAGGGCAGCAGCAGCCCAGUCUAGUGCAUCCAGCGCCUCCUCAUGAGCUGCGGGGAUUCCAGCUGGAUCUGAGCAGCCUACGUAGAUUGGCCCAGUCCUUCAGGCCGGCCAUGCGCAGGGUAUUCCUACAUGAAGCCACAGCUCGGCUAAUGGCCGGCGCCAGCCCCACACGGACACAUCAGCUGUUGGACCGCAGCUUGCGCAGGAGGGUUGCACUGUCCAGCAAAGAAGCUGUUGCGAACUACAGCUCCCAGGAUCCUCAGCCUGCCAGCUGGGAGGUGAAGUUAACAGCAGCUGGAAAUGUAGCAUCCCUCACCUUCCUGGCAUCUUUCCAGCCCUCCUACAGAUGGCACGGUCCAGGGAGACUGGCCUGUUAAAAGCAGGAGAUACCGAAGCUGUUUCUCUUUCGUCCACAGAUAUGGUACGGUUGGUCAGCUGCAGCGUUACCCUCCCGACGCUGCCUUGUCAGUAAUCUCCGAUUGGUUUAAAGAAAGCCCCACCCUCUUUGGAGGAGGGGCUCUGUUUCUGCAGUGUGCCCUUCUUCCCCAGGGCCAGCAGCACCCAUAGGAGACAUAUCUCAAGCCAUGCAGGACUGUGCCACUCAAGAGAAUGAGGGGGGUGUCUUAUCCACCUACUUACCCUCCCAGGGCCAGAGAAGAAGCAUUGGCUCCACCUUACAUGACUCUGCUGGAAUGUUCUUUUUACUAUUGAGCAGCGCAACUCUCUAUUCUCUUCAACCAUCUUUAACUCCUAGCUUGUAGCUUAUUGGUUCAGAGGAUUUUUCUGACUCAUGAGAAGAAAGGAAAAAAAAAAAAUGUAAAAAAAACAAAAAUCAGUUGUAUUUAAACGUUUUAUUUUUCA